AUGGCCUCGAUGGAGCCGACAGAAGAUGAGAUCUCGCAAGUCAUCGACUUUGCAGGCCUCGACCGCCUAGACGACCGGGGCAUGGUUAUUCAGGCGCUCAAGAAUAACGGCCGAAAUGCCGAAGCCGUGGUCAUGAGCUACUUUGAUAAUCCCGACGAGUUCCGACAACGUUUUACGAUGGUAUGGGAUGAUGGUAUGUUUAUUGCAGACGGGAAUGGCGACCAUGACAACAAUGCUGGCUCCUCUUUCCACCUUGAGGAACCGAAUCCGAACCCUUCAUUUUAUAUCGAAUCGAUGGAUAGCUCAAUGCACGAAAGCGACGUUAUACAAGGAUUUACCCCGCCGCCUGAUAGAUUCGGCUUAGGGGCACCUUCCAGGCCACCCUCCCGAUCCAAUACCAAAUCCCCUUUGGGACGGCUGGUAGAUUUGACAGCCGCUGAUGCUCCCCGAUUCGUUGGCCAGUCGGACACAGACCAGCUAGGUCAAGACAUGGAGCGAGCUUUGCGCGAAUCUGCGCAGGAAGCCGGGAUUGCCGCCCCCGGGCAGGAAUCGGGAGUCCUGAGAAAUGUCACCUCCACAGCAUACUUUCCAACGGUGUACGACCCUAAUGAGUGGGCAGUAGUCCCUGUUACCUCGGCUAGUAUGUCUUCGAAUGCAUUACCUCCUUCGGAUCGACAGCGGAAGACCGAUGCACCAGCCUUUCUAGUGCAACACCCCAACACCGUCGGAAAUCAUAGGCUCGGCGGUCUUCUGACUAUUCUACACGAGAUUCCUCUAGCACGGAAUAUUUUUCUUCGAUGCGGAGCCCCAGCCGAGGCCUACGGAUAUGAUACUCAGUGGUGGCAAGGCAAAAGCCUUACGCCUCCACAGUCCGUACAUGUGCAAGCGCCCGAGAGCGAUUCGGAAUCAGCAUCCGAUGAUGAUGUGAAACCAGGACUUGAAGCUGAGAUACACCGUCUGAUGGCUUUUCUUGACUCUACUGAGCGAAGUUACGGCACUACCAGCGCCUUGGCGGAAAUGAUUCCCUAUCCCGCGGCCGGACUAGAGAAGCAAUUCUAUGAACAUUUGGGUUCAAGAAAUGGAGACCUUGUGCACCCCCUCACCCAAGUUGCCUCACUAGCUCUUAUACAUGGUGACGAUCUCGGCGACGACGACGUGAGAUUCGGGUUGCUCGAAAUUGAGCAUCUAAAGGGCGACUACGAUAAUAUUAAGACACUCUACGAAGCGCUUGACCACCUUCUAUGGAGUGAUGUUCUUUCAUGGAAUGAGCUGACGGAGGACUCUAAAAUGGCUCUUUUUAAAAAUAUGGGUGAAGUACUAGCCCUCAAAUUUGGCGGCGAGGGACCCGAAGACUGUUUGGAUAUACCAACUGAACUUUACCCCGAAAGGUGGCUCGCACACCGCAAACGUGAGGCGCAUCGGAUCCAAAAAGCCUGGUGUGAGACAAAGCUCGCGAUGAUGAAUAUCGGCCGCGAGGAGCAAAAAUUGCACGAAUGGCGAGAUGAUUUCAAUCAGCUUUCUUAUAGUAAGAAAGUCAAGAUGGAAAAAGCUACCGAGCAAUGGAAAGUGUUGGAGAAGUAUCUACAGAGCGCCGGCCACUUCACCAGCAUGGAGCAAUCUGGCUUCGAUACUAAUACAUUCCCUGACUACCAUGACGCUCCUAGGUCUCUCUCGGAAACCCAGCAGCAAGCCUUGGACAAAGUGGGCGACGUUCUCGCCCUCACGGAAAGGGUGCUGGCAGACAUGAACAAGGCGAUAGACGGUAUAUUGUACGACUGCUGGAAAGAAGGUCUAAAUUCAGAGCUUACCAGGCUCAAGGCCAAGCAAAGGAGCCUUGGUCGGCUACUAACGGACCCGGACAAGCCAGGCCGGCCACAACCAAUGACCUGCAAGAGGUAUCUGCUCCGGGGUGUUGCAACCGAAACAGAUGUCAUUUAUGUUUGUCAGCGGAAACAAACAGACUUGAUUGAUUUGGGCGACGUGCCGAAGAAAGCAGAUCAAUGGUGGCGUCUGGCGUAUGCUCAGGGCGAGGAACACCCGGUCAAAGUCGAGAAAAUUGAAAUUGAGCGCGUUCACAGAGAAGUUUGGCAAGAAUCGAAAACGCCACUUCUUGUCUAUGCCACUGAAGACGCCCUCAAUACUUCCAAGGAUCCGCUCAGUCUACCAUUAGAACGCUUUAUCAAGGCGGACAACAAGGCUUUUCGCAGCGAACUCAACAUUGAACGCACCAAUGAGCGGGAUAUUGGACAACCGGCGCUUUUCGAUCCUAUUUCGCCCUCGAAGCGAAAGCACCGAUCGGACAGCAUCGACUCGCUCGACAGCAAUCAUGCGUCCCUGGGUAGUGAUGGGGCCAAUGCCUUUGAUAACUCCUUUGAAGAACAAGCAGCCGACUUGAACUUCCAAAAAGACGAGUAUCAGACGCAUGAUGCGGGUGCUGAUACCGAUAGCCUCUCGAGGCUGAGGGCUGCCCUGUCGCACUAUCCCGAACCCGCAAACACUAAAACGGAUGAGGGGACAGCAGCUGAUAUCGAUUUUAAACCGGUAAAUGGGGGGAAGAUGCCCGUACCUACACAGGAGAUGGAGCAGGUCCCGCCGCAGGGAGUACCUGUACCAGCGACGGUGCGAGAAUCUACGGAGCGGCUACCGACAUCAGAUAACGUUAUGGAACUUGAUAUGCCCACCCUAGAGAAGGAGACUUAG